AUGUCGAUGGACACAUUGCUGACCAAUGAUGAUCAAUGCUCAUCUAGUGUUAUGGAAAUUGAAACUGCAAUUGCAACACCUGUUAGAGAGGUGGAAACAGGUAUUAAUCCAGAUUGCGGAACUGAAAUUACGAAGAAUCUUCAGGACUCGUUGAUCGAGGCCAAGAUGGAAAUACCUGCUGCAGAAACGGAUUUAGAUAAGGAUGAGAACAAACUGAAUGCUGCAGAAGUGAAGCAUAUUAAUCACUUGUAUGAAGGAAUCAAAUAUCAAUCUAUAGCCGUUGUAAGUGUUUCUGAAUCCAAGGAACUGAAAAAAUUGGAUCAUUGCUUACAAAAGUAUAAAGAAUUGCUUGCCGAGAGGUCACCUACAACAACGUUGUGGUUGCAAUACAUUGAAUACGUGGAAACUUUGAAGGUGUUCAUUCGUGCUGAAAGAACAGGAGAUUGGAACCUCUAUAUAGUCGCAAUUACGAAAAUGUUGUAUCUAUUUGCCGCAACUGUAUCUAGCUUUAAAUACUUGGGAGUAAUGCUGUCUACAAAUUUUACCUGGACUGAUCACAUUGAAUAUAUCUCGUCUAAGAUAAACAAGAACCUGGGUCUCUUACGCAGAAUUAAGCAUUUGUUGCCCCACCAAGCUCGCCUGCUUUUCUACAAUAGUUUAGUCUUACCAAUUUUUGACUAUGUUGACUUGGUCUGGGGGGACAAGGACAAUCUUGUUUUGAUGGGUGAGCUCCAAGUACUACAGAACAAGACUGCGAAGAUAAUAUUAGAUAGACCUUUGUACUCAUCGGCAACUGACGCGCUGUCAGCCCUGAAAUGGCUCGAUUUACGUCGACGCAGGAAUUUCCAUCGCUGCAUUCAUAUCUGGAAGUGUGUUAAUGGUCUUACGGAGCACUCUCUAGACAUUCUUAAAUGUAGUCAGAUUCACAGUCAUAACACUCGAAAUAAGGACACAAUAAGGCUACCUAAAGUCAAACGCAAUUGGGGGAAACAACGCAUUAACUAUCAAGCAAUGAAAGACUGGAAUGAUUUAGACAGUGAUACAAGAAAUGCUCCAACACUAGUGUCCUUUAAGAGAAAUCUUUUUUCUAAACUUUUAACCUAGAGCCUGCUUAGAACAUCGUGACUUACAGUUUUAGACUUUUGACUUUUAACUAGUUUUAGAUUUUUAUAAUUGCAUGAUUAUUUGUAUAUAUAAUGUUCCCUAUGUGUAGGACCUUUGUGAAAAUCACGUCAUAUGUGACAACGCUUUCCUCAUUAAAGAUUAUUAUAUAAAGAGUGCACGACUGUAUUUGCAGCUGAUGCUGGAAUUACGAGCAGGCUACCCAUGGAUAUAACAUUGCUUCCACGAACAAGGAUUCCAUACAGUCCGCAGAAGCGAUUGCUUCACUAA